AUGGGGGAUAGGAAUCCCAACCAAGCGUUUGACCCUGGUCGUCCACCACUGGCUGCAUCGAAGACAAGGGACGGCACUGGCCCUUCCGCUGUCGCCCUUGAAUCUUCCGACAGCUCAACGGUUGAAGAAAUGGAAUCAGACAACGAUUUCACACUUGCCGUGGGUCGCCGUUUGAAGAGAAAACUCAGGAGGACAUCAACAGACAGUGAAUCGUUGCCCAAGCAGGACAGUGGUAAGCAAUCAUACACUGUUGCUUACGUCCCUACCACAGCUACCGACGAUCUGAAUACUUUGAACAGGCAAAGCUUAACGGAGUACUUUGAGCGAAUUGCGCCCGGCCAAGUCAGCGAGAUCAGAAUUAACGCUCGGAGGAACAUCCUUUCGGUGGACGUGAACAACAAGUCAAUUCUGGAUACGUUAAAGGCUGCCACACUACUAGGAAACAUCCCAGUGCGCUCCUUCUUUGCGUAUGGAAAAGGAACCUCGACUGGCGUUAUCUCUGAUGUGGACAAACAAAUCGCAGACACUGACCUCCAGAAGCUUUUGAAUUCCACCGCACCACUAGUGCAGAUUCACCGCUUCGGUCAAUCCCGGUGUAUUAAAAUAGUCUUUGACUCUGAAACAUUACCUGCCUACGUAAAAGUAGGAUACGUAAGACACCGUGUGCGCCCUUACGUGCCAAAACUGGUGCAGUGUCGGAAGUGUUUCAAAACAGGACACACAGGCUGCUACAUCGAUACGCCACCGCAGACGUCGAUCGCGACACAGACGACAGCAAGACAAGAGUGCUUCCCGUACAGAUGGACCAUCGGCCGCUUGGCAAGCUCCUCGCUUGCCAAGUUUGCUUCUGCGAUCAAGAUGCGGGCCUGA